CUCGCCACCAUCCCUCUCACACCGUGGCGCCUCGAGCUGCUAGACCAUCGUCUGCUUCCCGACGGGCUGCGUCAGCCCCUCCUCUCGCCCAACCCGCUCCGUUCCGCGUGUCGUGGUCGCAUUCUGAAUAGCCACCAUGACGCGCUUCGCGCCGCAGGACUUUUACUUCAAAGAGGCGCGGCGCCUGGGCUACGUGGCGCGCUCCGCGUUCAAGCUGCAGGAGGUGCAGCGGCGGCACGGCGUGAUCAAGAGGGGCGGCGCAGUGCUGGACCUGGGGUGCUGCCCGGGGGCAUGGCUGCAGGUGGCGUGCCAGUCGCUGGGCCCCAUGGCGCUAGGCGGAUGUGUGGUCGGCGUUGACAUUCAGCCCACGGCCGUGCCCCAGCGGUGGUGCGACAGCCGUGUGCGCACCAUCCAAGCAGACGCCUUCGCCCUCUCGCCAGCCCUGCUGCUCCGCCUCCUCUCCUCCCUCCAGCCUCACCUGCCUUCCCCGCCUCGCUUCUCCACCCUCCUCUCAGACAUGUGUCCCUCCACCUCCGGUGCCUCCCCCUCCGAUGCCGCCGCCUCUCACUCCCUCGCCCGCCGCGCUCUCGCCCUCGCCGCCCACUCCCUUUACACACCCUCUGAGCCCCUCACCUCGCACCCAUGGCACUCACAGCCGCCUAACACGCAUGCCUCACACACACACCGCUUCAAGCGCCACGGCUCACACUCACUCCCGGCCUAUACUGACUCAGGCAGCGGCGAGAGCAGAGGCGCAGGCGCAGCAGCUGUUGCAACAGCAAAGGACCCAGGAGCGGUAGCAGGAGCAGACGGAGCAGCAGCAAGGGCGCAGUCAUCAGGGGGAGCAGCAGCACGUGGCCAAGGGGGGGAAGAAGAGAGCAGAGGUCUUGCAGAAGGGUUUUGCGAUAGAGUCUCAGCAGCUAAGGGUGGCGUGUUGGCGGUGGGGGGUCACAUGGUGGUGAAGAUACUAGAGAGUGAGGAUACCCCAGGUACGGUGGCAGGGAGUGGUGGCAGCAGGGUAGCGAGGGCUGUCUGUUGCUGCUGCCACACCUCUUCUCCUUCGCCCGCCUUCCACUCUCAACUACUACGUGGGUGAUUGUCGCCAGCUCUUCUCAUCAGUCACGCGCCUUCGCCCCAAAGCCACGCGGCCCUCCUCUCGCGAGAUUUACGUCAUUGCCAAGGGGUUCAGAGGAGUGUCAAGUGGUCAAGGGACUCGAUUUAUAG